CACUGGUAAAGAAAGAUAAGAAGAAGAAACCCAACGGCUUCUUCCAUUCGGCCCAUUUCCCCUCUCAACUAACGGCCGGAGACCCAAUUCUGAACGGAGAACUCCGCCGCCGACGACCCAAGAAAGCUUAAGCUUUUGGGACAAUUGGUACGUCCAUGAGAGCUCCGGUUGAUAGAGGUCUUCGGUUCAAGUAUCUUCGUUUGUGCUUCUCCCCUUUGUAUUCUGUUUCACUCUAUCUACUGGUGUUUACAUCUCAACGUACAUGAAGGGUUACACAUGAGGUGCAAAGCUUUUGAAAAUGGUGUCUUUGCAACAUUCACCUUCAAUCCAUCAGACAUGGUUGUCAAAUGCAUCUACUCAGAUGGAUAUCAUGACUCGGCUAGGAAUGUACAGGAAUGGUCUUUUUGCAAGAGGCGUUUCCUUUCUCGUAAGGGCAGAGCAAAUAUCUGUUGCUUCAACUUCAUCUCAUCAAGAUUAUUUUCUCACCGAUAGGCGUGGGAGGCGUCAACUGCUGGCCUUGGGAACAACACUUGCACCUUGGGUUUUGCUAUCUCAACAGAAAUAUGCGUCAUUUGCUGCAGAAAAUAAAAAAGGAUUCCUGCCUGUGACGGACAAGAAGGAUGGAUACUCAUUUCUCUAUCCUUUUGGUUGGCAGGAAGUAGUCGUUGAAGGACAAGACAAGGUAUUCAAAGAUGUGAUUGAACCGCUAGAGAAUGUCAGCGUAACAAUGUUUCCAACCAGCAAACAGGACAUUCGAGACCUUGGGUCUCCACCAGAGGUUGCUGAAACUCUAAUUAAAAAAGUUCUAGCCCCCCCUACCCAGAAAACUAAGCUUGUUCAGGCAACAGAGGUUUGGUAUCUAUGUCAUUUGCAUGAUGCAGAUGGGAAAGCUUAUUACACAUUUGAAUUUAUUGCUCAAGCUCCAACAUAUACGCGCCAUGCUCUCAGUACCAUCUGUAUUGGCAAUGGGAAGUUCUACACUUUGACAACGGGGGCCAACGAGAGGAGGUGGGGGAAGAUGAAAGACAAAUUGCAAACCGUUGUUGAUUCCUUCCAAAUUGUUAACCUCUGAGUUAGUGCCCAUAUUCUGCUUUUCCAUGCAAAUUGUACAAGGUGAUGUUCUGUUUCCUAGUAAAUGUUUCACACGAUUUCUUAUGCUUGGGGUCAUCGAAUCUAUGCAGAUACUAGCAUUUCUUGCAUUCAAAAAUCUUCAAUAUACUAUCUUCUGAGUUAGUUUUAAA